AUGCUUGCAAAGGUAUAUUAAGUUAACUUCAGAAUAAGAAUUCAAUUUGGCUUUAUAUUCUAAGAAAUUGGAUGUAAGACGAGUAAAAAGAAGAAAUUCGUAAUCGAAAAGAGUCAAAUCAUCAGAUUCUUCGACUAACCUCUUAGUAGUUCAAAAAAGUACAGAAAAUUUGAUUAUUAUUGGAGAUCUAAAAGAACAAAAGGUAUACUUGAUCAAGAGCAUUUAGUCUAUAAACUUGCCAGCAGAGAUCAUCCCGAAAAAGCUUUAAUAGUGUCUAUUGUGUUGCUAGUAUUUCAAGGAAAUUAUAAUUUGAAGGAUGAAAUUUUUCCGCCUCAAUAGAUCCAAAUAGAGGUAGGAAAUGAAUUAGGGAAAUACCAUUACAAAAGUAAAGUAUUUGCAGUUAAAUAUGAUGGCAGUAAAGAAUAAACGUUUUCACUUUUACCAGAUUUAGUAUGCGGUGAGUUCAUUAAGAUAACAUUACUGGGUAAACCAAAUGUAGAGAGGCAUGAAUAGGAUAGAUACAUUGCAAUUAGAUAUGUCGGAGUAGUUGGGAAAAAAAUUGACGAUAUUUAAGCAACUGCUAUCACAAAUCUAUUUAUUAACGAAGAAGUUCAUAUUAAUUAAAGUGAAUCUGAUCUGAAUUAAAAGUUACUAUAAAGAGAGAUAGGUAUUUCUAAACAAAAACAGGAGGAUAGAUAUGGAGUUGUUGAUUAUUACGCCACAAUGAUCGUCUUUAAAAUGAUGGAUCAUUUGCAGAAUGAUUAAGAAGAAAGAUAUUCUUUUCUUAAAGAAUUGAAAUCAUAGGAAUUUCAUUUUAGACAAAUAAAAUCUGAAGUUGAACGAUAUAUUAGAUGUCUAGGUGUUGACGCAUGGAUAUUUUUAAAAGCUUUUAAACUUGAUCUAGAAUAUUUUGAGUAUGAGAUUGAAUAAGCAUUAAUCUCAUAUUGUUCAGUUUCUUAAGCUUUUAAUAUUUUCUGCAAAACAUGCAAAAUCAUUAAAGUGCGCUCUAAUUAGAAACUAGACUUGCUAAGAAUGGUAAAGAAGAAAUUAAACUGA